UGCAUCGGGUGAUAUAGUUUCCAGCCCUUUUAGUUUAUUACCCCAUAUUGUUAAGGGCACUUUUUUGUGUUCUCCAUAAGUUUUAGAUUGGUAUGUUUAAAUUUGAAGAUGAAAUUAAUGCAAAUUCAUUUGAAAAUUGCCUUAGUGCUUGUUUUUGGAAUACAAUGCGCAAGAGCCUAUCGCAAGUACUACAUAGAAGAUGAAUGCAUUUCCCAAAAAAGGCAACAGGAGAUUAAUUUCGAACUUCCUGCAUCAGGUCCAGAUUCAGUCGGUGAAAUUAAAUCCAAUAGAUUUGGAACUUAUUCCAGAACCGGAAGGAAUUGUCUUUUCAAACUCAUACCACCUAAGGGAUAUGGCAUCGUUAUUACAGUUCUCAAAAUUGAUUUCAGAAGUCCUGAUGAAUGCAACGACUAUAUAAAGAUAUUCGACGGAAAGGAUGAUGUUGAAAAGCUUUGCCAAUACCAGGAAGUCGGAUUGAAUGGCAAGACAUACUUUUCAGAGGACGACAUUAAGAUUUUGUAUCAUACGUCAGGUGAUGGAAUGGGAUUCAACAACGGAAUUAGACUCAUUUUUACAGUUACUAAACCAGACGCUGAGCUUGGAUCGUGUUCUGCCCCUAGUGAAUUUAGAUGCGACAACGCCCGAUGCAUCUGGGCUGGUGUUACCUGCGACGGCAUUAAUAACUGUGGUGACGCUAGUGACGAGCAUUCUGCGGAACAUCCUCAUUGCCGUAUGUACCAACAGCUUUCGAAGACCUUCUUUUCUAGAUUAGCUGAAGUCACGCCUGUUGCAAUUGCAGCCGUUGUCCUGGGCAUAACUACCUUCAUUGCGAUUGUUGUAGCAAUGUGCCUCUGCUGCUGCCGUGCACAAUCAGAUAGACCUCAGAAACCUCCACUCAUAGAAGAUUUUCCAGUAAGACCAAAUGGUGGAUACAUUCCGCUUCCUGGGUAUUCUUAUGGUGCAGUGGAACACACUAUUGGGCAUCUUCAACCAGUGCAUUCACCUUACUCUGCAUACCCAUCGGCACCUAUGGAAUACAAUCCAAGGCAGCAAUACAAUCUAAGACAGCAAUACAGUCCAAGACAACCGUCCUGCCAUAUACGUGGUGGAAUACCAUCUGUGACGCAAAAAGUAGAAAUUAGAUAUGAUAAACCGCCACAGUAUGAAGCAUAACUCUUCUGUGCUUGUUAAAUACAUGAGGGGGAGAUAGGACAUCUUGGUUAUAAGAUUGUUUUAUCAAUGCGGAAGAUCAGCGUGUUUUCAGAUUUUAAUCUUUGGAAAACAGGCUUAACUUCAACGUUCCUGAAGAUAGGUCUCUAGCUGUCAAAUUUACAUAAAUGAAGUAAUCUAUCUACGUACAUAUUCAGAGUGUGCACAUGGGUACUAAACAUAUUUUAAACUUUGGCACUCAUACUGAGCAAAAGAUCAAAAGCAAGAAAUAAGAGUCAUAAGUAUAUAAGUACUCAUAUAGUUAUAAGAGUCAUUCUUAUAACUAUAUGAGCUACUUCAGGCAUAGACAUAGCAUUAAAACCAUUAAUUUUAAAGACAGAAUAAAUAUUAUUUUGGUGAUGAGAAACGUGCUUUUUUCAUUAUUUCUAAGCAAUGAUGGAUUUUCAAUACCGAUAGUUCGAUAAGUAAAAUGAACUACAGAUUUUCUUUUUCGAAAUAUUUUUUAUAGCAUUUUGAGUUAAUAUUUUAUAAUACUUACUGAAAGAGAACUUUUUAAAGAAUUAGAAGACAAAUAACAUUACUGGCAUUUUUUCAACAAUGCCUGCAGCAAAUGAUGUUACUAAUAAUGAUGAAGUAAAAUAAGCAUUUCUAUUUCGGGCUUAUUACGGAAAAAAGACUGUUUGCAUUUCUUAAAUAUCUAAUUGAUAUUUUAUUAUUAGGUUUUAUUAGACGGCAAUAAAUUAUUUAUUUUGGAAAGCCGUUUCUUGAAUUUUUCGCAUCUAAUUGUAUAUCAACUAUGUGGUAGUUUUAAAAAUAUGAAACUAUACACAAAAAGUGAAACUUCGUUUGAUAAUUAACAUAAAGCAAUAAGCUGCGUUCGUUUUUUAAUGCUAUAGCGUAGAACUAGGACUUGUUUCCUGCAUUAUUUUUAUGGAUAUGUUUUCUCUUACAAUUGCAUUUACUGUAGUUUUAUACUUGUACUUUAUGCGAAAAUGUAGACUUUUAUUUUAAAAUAAACUUAGCUUCAAACA